UACCAGUUCGAAUCGCGGACAAAGCUUCUUAUUUUCGCACUCUAUAAUCCAUUGAUAUGCACAGUCCAAGCUCAGUCUGAAUCACAAAAUCUGCUGAAGAAAAUCGGAAAAUUCGAGAAUCUUAAAAAUUGAAUAAUGAGCAGAGGAAGCGGAGGCGGCUAUGAUCGUCACAUCACGAUCUUCUCUCCCGAAGGUCGACUCUUCCAAGUCGAAUACGCAUUUAAGGCUGUAAAGGCUGCCGGAAUCACCUCCAUUGGUGUUAGAGGAAAGGACUCCGUUUGUGUUGUUACUCAGAAGAAAGUUCCGGAUAAGCUACUGGAUCAGACUAGUGUAACCCAUUUGUUUCCCAUCACCAAGUAUAUUGGAUUAUUGGCUACUGGAAUGACAGCUGAUGCCAGGACACUUGUCCAACAGGCUAGGAAUGAAGCAGCUGAGUUUCGCUUUAGAUAUGGAUAUGAAAUGCCAGUGGAUGUGCUGUCUAGAUGGAUUGCAGACAAAUCUCAGGUCUAUACCCAGCAUGCGUAUAUGAGACCUCUUGGAAUAGUUGCAAUGGUGUUGGGCAUUGAUGACGAGAAAGGGCCUGAGCUCUUCAAGUGUGAUCCUGCUGGUCACUUUUUUGGUCACAAGGCAACCAGUGCUGGAUCAAAAGAACAAGAAGCAAUCAACUUUCUUGAGAAGAAAAUGAAAAAUGACCCAGCUUUCUCCUAUGAUGAAACUGUACAGACUGCAAUUUCUGCACUUCAAUCUGUUCUACAGGAGGAUUUCAAGGCCAGUGAGAUCGAGGUCGGUGUUGUGAGCCAAGAAGAUCCAGUCUUUAGAGUGCUGUCAACUGAGGAGAUCGACGGGCACUUGACAGCUAUCAGUGAGCGUGACUAAAUUAGCAAUGGAGUAACCAUCUAUUUAGUCAAAAAUCCAGCCCGGUACUGAAAAUUUUGUUAAUUUUUAUACGCUUAGAAUGCUGGGCUAAAAAAAUUGUUCUGAUGCAACGUUCUCUGAAAUAGCUCGAUUUCAUUAUACCCGUAACCUGUUGCCUGCAAGUUUUCCCUAAUUUGAUGGGUAUUGUGCCGUUUGAAGUUCUAGAAUACUGAUUUACCACCAACUUUGAACACUCUUCACACUUCAUUUUAAUGUUAUACUGGAAACAUUUUUCUUUGAAAAUGAAAAUAUUAUGAAUGUGAAAUUAUACGAUUU